AUGGCUUUUCAGCAACCCUUCUUCAAUCCGGUAAGAAUUAUACUAUGACAUUAUUCACAUCAUUUAUUUCAUCAGGCCCCGUUGUAUGUGAGUUUUGGGUGUCAUUUUGUUACUUAUUUUUGGUGUAAUUUUCCACAAUAUUUUUCUAUUCUGUACCCACAGAGUUGCUAAUUUUUCUUCUAGCCCAGCACUAGCACAUGCGACGCAACUAAAAGUAGGUGUAAUGAGUCUGUUAGUGAUGAGUUCAGGGGACUAGAAUAGAAAUGGGUCCCACAGGAACAGGACUGAAAAACAUUGAACAGGUCUGGAUAAGAGCGUCUGCUAAAUGACGUAAAUGUAAAUGUAAAUGUAAAUAUCCUGACAUUUGCAUAACCACCUUUGACAUGUAAAUACGUAAGUGAUUGAUAGAAUGAAUGAAGAAAUUCAAUAAAAAAAUCCUAUAGGAUAGAAUCCUAUAGUAGUCCAAUAGGACUGGUUCUGAAAAUCUUAUAGGAUUUUUAUAUUGGAUUGUAAUUGGAUUAGACAAUUACUUAUGAAAGGGGACAGUGGACAUAUGUGAAUUUGCUACAGCAGGAAAAUAAUCCUGCAGCAACAGAAAAUGUGAAUUAUUUUUGAUUUUUGUAGGAGUUGAAAUUACAAACUUUAGAAGUCUUUCAAAACUCAAAUACACUACAAUUUUGCAUUUCCUGCUGUGCAGCAAAAUUGAGGAAGAUAAGCGUUUCCAAUGACAUCAUCGGUGUGCCUGGUGAUUUUAACCAAUUAUGAGCAGGCAUUGCCUACUAAUUGGUUGAUGAUGUAAUUGGAAACACUUAUCUUCCUCUAUCUUUUUUUCCACAAAACAUACACUACCAGUCAAAGGUUUGGACACACCUACUCAUUCAAGGGUUUUUCUUUAUUUUGACUAUUUUUACAUUGUAGAAUAAUAGUGAAGACAUCAAAACUAUGAAAUAACAAAUAUGGAAUCAUGUAGGAACCAAUUUUUUUUUUAAACAAAUCAACGUAUAUUUGAGAUUCUUCAAACAGCCACCCUUUGCCUUGAUGACAGCUUUGCACACUAUUGGCAUUCUCUCAACCAGCUUCAUGAGGUAGUCACCAGGAAUGCAUUUCAAUUAACAGGUGUGCCUUCUUAAAAGUUAAUUUGUGGAAUUUCUUUCCUUCUUAAUGCGUUUCAGCCAAUCAGUUGUGUUGUGACAAGGUAGGGGGGGUAUACAGAAGAUAGCCCUAUUUGGUAAAAGACCAAGUCCAUAUUAUGGCAAGAACAGCUCAAAUAAGUAAAGACAAACGACAGUCCAUCAUUACUUUAAAACAUGAAGGUCAGUCAAUCCGUAAAAUUUCAAUAACUUUCUUCAAGUGCAGUCGCAAAAACCAUCAAGCACUAUGAUGUGCUAACUGGCUCUCAUGAGGACCGCCACAGGAAUGGAAGACCCAGAGUUACCUCUGCUGCAGAGGAUAAGUUCAUUAGAGUUACCAGCCUCAGAAAUUGCAGCCCAAAUAAAUGCUUCACAGUGUUCAAGUCACAGACACAUCUCAACAUCAACUGUUCAGAGGGGACUGUGUGAAUCAGGCCUUCAUGGUCGAAUUGCUGCAAAGAAACCACUACUAAAGGACACCAAUAAGAAAAAGAGACCUGCUUGGGCCAGGAAACACGAGCAAUGGACAUUAGACCAGUGGAAAUUUGUCCUUUGGUCUGGAGUCCAAAUUUGAGAUUUUUAGUUCCAACCGCUGUGUCUUUGUGAGACGUGGUGUGGGUGAACGGAUGAUCUCUGCAUGUGUGGUUCCCACUGUAAAGCAUGGAGGAGGAGGUGUUAUGGUGUGGGGGUGCUUUGCAGGUGACACUGUCUGUGAUUUAUUUAGAAUUCAAGGCACACUUAACCAGCAUGGCUACCACGCCAACCCAUCUGGUUUGGGCUUAGCUAUCAUUUGUUUUUCAACAGGACAAUGACCCAACACACCUCCAGGCUGUGUAUGGGCUAUUUUACCAAGAUGGAGAGUGAUGGAGUGCUGCAUCUGUCACGACUUCCGCCGAGGCUGCCCCCACUCCUGGUUCGGGCAGACUUCGGCGUUCGUCGUCACCGGAGUACUAGCUACUGCCGAUCCCAUUCUCAUCACUCCACUUGUCAUGUCUUGUCAAUCACACACACCUGGUGCUCAUUCCCCUAAUUAGUAUGUGUAUAAGUGUUCCCUCUGUUCCCCUUGUCUUUGUGAGUGAUUGUUUGUUGUGAGAGCGUGUAGCUCGGUUGAGCUACUCUUCACUGUGUUUCUGCCAAGUUGGAUGUUUUCCCUUGUAAUAGUUUUGUUUGACGCUUGGGGCGUUUGAUUUAUGUAAACUGAAUAAACUCUGGACUUCGGUAUUUCAUUCACACCUCGUCACAGCAUCAGAUGACCUGGCCUCCACAAUCCCCCGACCUCAACCCAAUUGAGAUGGUUUGGGAUGAGUCGGACGGCAGAGUGAAGGAAAAGCAGCCAACAAGUGCUCAGCAUAUGUGGGAACUCCUUCAAGACUGUUGGAAAAGCAUUCCAGGUGAAGCUGGUUGAGAGAAUGCUAAGAGUGUGCAAAGCUGUCAUCAAGGCAAGGGGUGGCUAUUUGAAGAAUCUCAAAUCUCAAAUAUAUUUUUAUUUAUUUAACACUUUUUUGGUUACUACAUGAUUCCAUAUGUGUUAUUUCAUAGUUGUGAUGUCUUCACUAUUAUUCUACAAUGUAGAAAAUAAUAAAAAUAAAGAAUAACCCUUGAAUGAGUAGGUGUGUCCAAACGUUUGACUGGUACUGUAGAAACACGCCAUUUUCACAUAUGUUGAUGUUGGGGUGGUGCUGGAGAUUAUGAAUAUGAAGAUGACCAUUUUAGAAAUGUCCCUUUAAUGACUGUCACGUUCGUUGUGUAAAGGAUCGGACCAAGGUGCAGCGUGGUAUGCGUACAUAGUCGUUUAUUAUUAAUCCAACAGAACGUGAAGUUCAAGAGGAAACAGAAACAGAAACAAGAUCCCACAACUAAAGGUACGCAAAAUGGCUGCCUAAGUAGAUCCCCAAUCAGAGACAACGAUCGACAGCUGCCUCUGAUUGGGACCCACACCCGGCCAACAUAGAAAUAGAAUAAACUAAAUGGCAUAUGAAUAAAGUAGAUUCUAUCCAAAUCACACCCUGACCUAACCAAACAGAGAAAACAGGUGAUCUCUAAGGUCAGGGCGUGACAAUGACACAGGUCAUUAUAUAUAUAUAUAUUUUACAAUACCUGGAUCAGUUGUGCCAAGAGGUCACUAGAUGGGAACUGGUAGUUACAGUUGAAGUCGGAUGUUUACAUACACCUUAGCCAAAUACAUUUAAACUCAGUUUUCACAAUUCCUGACAUUUAAUCCUAGUAAACAUUCCCUGUCUUAGGUCAGUUAGGAUCACCACUUUGUUUUAAGAAUGUGAAAUGUCAGAAUAAUAGUAGAGAGAAUUAUUUAUUUCAGCUUUUAUUUCUUUCAUCACAUUCCCAGUGGGUCAGAAGUUUACAUACACUCAAUUAGUAUUUGGUAGCAUUGCCUUUAAAUUGUUUAAUUUAGGUCAAACGUUUUGGGUAGCCUUCCACAAGCUUCCCACAAUAAGUUGGGUGAAUUUUGGCCCAUUCCACCUGACAGAGCUGGUGUAACUGAGUCAGGUUUGUAGGCCUCCUUGCUCGCACACGCUUUUUCAGUUCUGCCCACAAAUGUUCUAUAGGAUUGAGGUCAGGGCUUUGUGAUGGCCACUCCAAUACCUUGACUUUGUUCUCCUUAAGCCAUUUUGCCACAACUUUGGAAGUAUGCUUGGGGUCAUUGUCCAUUUGGAAGACCCAUUUGCGAUCAAGCUUUAACUUCCUGACUGACGUCUUGAGAUGUUGCUUCAAUAUAUCCACAUAAUUUUCCUUCCUUAUGAUGCCAUCUAUUUUGUGAAGUGCACCGGUCCCUCCUGCAGCAAAGCACCCCCACUGCAUGAUGCUGCCACCCCCGUGCUUCACUGUUGGGGUGGUGUUCUUCGGCUUGCAAGCAACCCCCUUUUUCCUCCAAACAUAACGAUGGUCAUUAUGGCCAAAUAGUUAUAUUUUUGUUUCAUCAGACCAGAGGACAUUUCUCCAAAAAGUACGAUCUUUGUCCCCAUGUGCAGUUGCAAACCGUAGUCUGGCUUUUUUAUGGCGGUUUUGGAGCAGUGACUUUUGUACCUGUUUCCUCCAGCAUCUUCACAAGGUCAUUUGCUGUUGUUCUGGGAUUGAUUUGCACUUUUCGCACCAAAGUACGUUCAUCUCUAGGAGACAGAACGCGUCUCAUUCCUGAGCGGUAUGACGGCUGCGUGGUCCCAUGGUGUUUAUACUUGCAUACUAUUGUUUGUACAGAUGAACGUGGUACCUUCAGGCAUUUGGAAAUUGCUCUCAAGGAUGAAUCAGAGUUGUGGUCUACAAUGUUUUUUCGGAGGUCUUGGCUGAUUGAUUUUGAUUUUCCCAUGAUGUCAAGCAAAGAGGCACUGCGUUUGAUGGUAGGCCUUGAAAUACAUCCACAGGUACACCUCCAAUUGACUCAAAUUAUGUCAAUUAGCCUAUCAGAAGCUUCUAAAGCCAUGACAUCAUUUUCUGGAAUUUUUCCAAGCUGUUUAAAGGCACAGUCAACUUAGUGUAUGUAAACUUCUGACCCACUGGAAUUGUGAUACAGUGAAUUAUAAGUGAAAUAAUCUGCCUGUAAACAAUUGUUGGAAAAAUUACUUGUGUCAUGCACAAAGUAGAUGUCCUAACCGACUUGCCAAAACUAUAGUUUGUUAACAAGAAAUUUGUGGAGUGGGACUUCCAGGAGGGAGAUAGGGAAGAUGAGGAGGGAGCACCUUCUAGGGAUGGCGGUAGGGUGGGGGGGACAGCUUUGGUGGGAGGGAGGCAUGGGAGGGGGUACAACCCUGGGAGGAGUUGGAGGGUCUCAUUAUCUUUAUUUUCCUCUCUCUAUCUGAACGUAAAGAGGGUAAAGGGAACAUGCUCUUUUUUGUAUGCAAAGCUGACUAUUAUAUAUUAAAUUAAAGAAAUGCUCAUACCUUUGUGUUACUGUACCUAAAAAUUUAUUUUCCUUUUAUUUAUAUAUAUGUAAUUUAAAAAUGUUGUGCUUUCUAAGGGGAACACCCCCCCAAAAUCUUGUGUUAUUGUAACAUUGUAUAUAGUAUUGUAUGUCAUAUUGUAAUGUUUUCUAAUUCAAAGACAAUAAGUUGCAUGAAUAAGAAUCAAAUCAAAUAACUCAAGUGAGUGUUUUGUUGAAAAAGGUGUAGUGUAUGGUGGUCAUACUGCAACUGAACUUGCAGCUUUGAAUCACUCCCAUAUUGUGGUGGUGAAUAAAACCGAAACUGUUGUUUCCAAUCAACGAAAAUGUUCUAAUUAAUGUUGUUGUAUUGUACUGGAACAAAUUACAACAAAUUAUAAUUUAGUUCUAAUAGGAUUCUGAUUGUGGUGACAAAAUUCUACAAGAGUUAUCAAAAACCUAUAGGAUCCAAUAAGAUUAAUUUCCAAUACGAAAAAGUAGUCCAAUAGGAUUCAGAUAGGAUUCUGAUAGAGGUGACACAAAAUCCUAUAGGAUUCUAUUGGAAAUAUCACUCAUCCUAAAUUAUUUUUUGACUAGGGAAGGAAAGAAGAAAGGAAACCAUAACAUUUUAGAUUGUUAUUGGUUAGAAAAUGCUUGAUGUGGCCAUUGUGAAAGCUUAAAGUCUCUAUUUGCCAAGUCCCUAGCCUUGCCAGGAACACUACCUGCCUGGCUCUUAACAGAUGGUGAACGAGACUAGCUACUCAGCCCUUGUCACGUGUUGUUUUGUGCUCUGUGCCCCUAGAGAGUGCCAUUCACUGGCUGUAUCCAGGGAGCUCUGCAUGAGGGGAAGACCAUCACUGUGACAGGGAGAGUCCUGCCAGGAGCCCAGAGGUAGACCUACCUACUGACAACUCUCCUUUAACACAGUCUUGUCACUCACUAUAAGCACAGGAGGGAUCUUGUUUAACCUAAUCAUUGGGUGCAACGUUUACAUUUUAGCAGACACUCUUAUCAAGAGCAACUUACAGUAGUGUGUGCAUAGAUCUUAAUUAAUUGUACAUCAAAAUAUAAUAUGCGCCUUUCUUCUGUCCGUAUAGGUUUCAUGUGAAUUUGCAAUGUGGCUCAAGAGGAAAUCCUGACAUAGCCCUCCACUUCAACCCCCGAUAUGACGGCUUCCUAGACGUUGUGAUCUGCAACACCAUGCAACACUCCAAGUGGGGCUCAGAGGAGCGUGAAUACCCUGCACCCAUGACCCGGGGUGCCAACUUUACCCUCAUGUUCCUGGUCAACCGAGAUUCAUAUUCGGUCAGGAGUUUUUUAUUACUGAUGCUUAGGCUACAACGUUUUUUGAAUGUGGACCUAUUGAAUGAACCUUAUCUCUAGAGCAGUUUUUUUUACUGUGGACUUAUUGAAUUGAAUCUUAUCUCUAGAGCAUUUAUUCUCCAUGUGCCAUUGGUUUCCCACUGGAGCCACCCAUACUGUAUGUAGAAUGUAUGCAUGCAUAACUGUAAGUCACUUUGGAUAAAAGUGUCUGCUAAAUGGCAUAUAUUAUUAUUAUUAUUAUAUUAUAAUAUUUAAAUAUUAUAUCUUUUUUAUUUUUUGUCUGUCCUAAAUCCUGUCUUAUCCUAGAUGAUUGUGAAUGGUGCCCACUUCAUGGAGUACCUGCACCGGCUGUCAUUCUCCAGAGUGGACACCAUCUCUGUGGAUGGGGGAGUGGAGGUUCAAUCUAUUGCCUUCUCCAACCCUGCAGUCACCGUGAGUAUCUGACAGGUCCUCUUCCUGGGAGAAUAUAGUAAAUUUUCCGUUCAGUAGGAUCAGCCUUGAGCAAGCAACUGGAUAGAUUUGCUCAUCUUAAUCAGUUGUUUGGAAUGCAACCCAGUGGGCAAAACUGGUUGCAACGGUCAUGGUCAGGUAGUAUAAUGAUUGUAAAAGGAUGUUUUAAACAUAUUUUUAGCAUCCAGAAAAACUUAGUUCCCUCAGUUCCCAACUGUAGCCCUUUCCUGCAGUGAAAUCACCUAGUGGCCUCAUGGGUGGAAUGCUAUUAAUAUUUUUCAUAAUUUCAUAAUGAAUAAACAUUAUUUAAAAAACCAGCCGAAAAUCCAGUGUUUCUUUGUCAAACGGAUUUGUUAUAUUUCAGUCUUCUGUGAUGUAUAUUAAGUAUAAUAUUGGGAUGCAAACUCAAAAUAUAAUACAUUUGAACUCUAUAUCUGACAUGGUACAGGUGUCUUCUUUUUUUUAAGCCCAUGUAGACUUUGGAAUGGUCAGCCAUAGGAGAUCAGGCUUGCAGAUUCAGUGCCUCUUUUUAAAUCCCUGCUGAAGACACACUUUUAUAAAGAUGCUUUUAAUGUAUGAUUUUAAUUAGCUAUCUUUUUUCAUUGUCCUUCCUCCCGUCUUUGUUUCUUUGUUAGUACUUUUAUUUUAUGAUGUGAAGCACUUUGUUACCUGUAUUGAAAGCGCUAUACAAAUGAAGUUAUUAUCAUUAUUAUUGUUAUUAUUCAGACUUGCAUGUGCUGACCAAGAGAGUCUGUUCAUAUGUGAAAUGUGAUGUCCUGUCUUUUCUCCAGUCACCUCCUCCCCAACCAGGAUAUCUUGGCCAGACCCACUGUGUGAGUAUUCUUCAUAUGACAGACAGACUCAUGAACAGGAUUCAUAGUUAUAGUUUAAAAAAUAUACAGUGGGGAGAACAAGUAUUUGAUACACUGCCGAUUUUGCAGGUUUUCCUACUUACAAAGCAUGUAGAGGUCUGUAAUUUUUAUCAUAGGUACACUUCAACUGUGAGAGACGGAAUCUAAAACAAAAAUCCAGAAAAUCACAUUGUAUGAUUUUUAAGUAAUUAAUUUGCAUUUUAUUGCAUGACAUAAGUAUUUGAUACAUCAGAAAAGCAGAACUUAAUAUUUGUUACAGAAACCUUUGUUUGCAAUUACAGAUAUAAUACGUUUCCUGUAGGUCUUGACCAGGUUUGCACACACUGCAGCAGGGAUUUUGGCCCACUCCUCCAUACAGACCUUCUCCAGAUCCUUCAGGUUUCGGGGCUGUCGCUGGGCAAUACGGACUUUCAGCUCCCUCCAAAGAUUUUCUAUUUGGUUCAGGUCUGGAGACUGGCUAGGCCACUCCAGGACCUUAAGAUGUUUCUUACGGAGCCACUCCUUAGUUGCCCUGGCUGUGUGUUUCGGGUCGUUGUCAUGCUGGAAGACCCAGCCACGACCCAUCUUCAAUGCUCUUACUGAGGGAAGGAGGUUGUUGGCCAAGAUCUUGCGAUACAUGGCCCCAUCCAUCCACCCCUCAAUACGGUGCAGUCGUCCUGUCCCCUUUGCAGAAAAGCAUCCCCAAAGAAGGAUGUUUCCACCUCCAUGCUUCACGGUUGGGAUGGUGUUCUUGGGGUUGUACUCAUCCUUCUUCUUCCUCCAAACACAGCGAGUUUAGACCAAAAAGCUCUAUUUUUGAUACAUCAGACCACAUGACCUUCUCCCAUUCCUCCUUUGGAUCAUCCAGAUGGUCAUUGGCAAACUUCAGACGGGCCUGGACAUGCGCUGGCUUGAGCAGGGGGACCUUGCGUGCGCUGCAGGAUUUUAAUCCAUGACGGCGUAGUGUGUUACUAAUGGUUUUCUUUGAGACUGUGGUCCCAGCUCUCUUCAGAUCAUUGACCAGGUCCUGCCUUGUAGUUCUAGGCUGAUCCCUCACCUUCCGAGGUCAGAUCUUGCAUGGAGCCCCAGACCGAGGGUGAUUGACCGUCAUCUUGAACUUCUUCCAUUUUCUAAUAAUUGCGCCAACAGUUAUUGCCUUCUCACCAAGCUGCUUGCCUAUUGUCCUGUAGCCCAUCCCAGCCCAGCCUUGUGCAGGUCUACAAUUUUAUCCCUGAUGUCCUUACACAGCUCUCUGGUCUUGGCCAUUGUGGAGAGGUUGGAGUCUGUUUGAUUGAGUGUGUGGACAGGUGUCUUUUAUACAGGUAACUAGUUCAAACAGGUGCAUUUAAUACAGGUAAUGAGUGGAGAACAGGAGGGCUUCUUAAAGAAAAACUAACAGGUCUGUGAGAGCCGGAAUUCUUACUGGUUGGUAGGUGAUCAAAUACUUAUGUCAUGCAAUAAAAUGCAAAUUAAUUACUUAAAAAUCAUACAAUGUGAUUUUCUGGAUUUUUGUUUUAGAUUCCGUCUCUCACAGUUGAAGUGUACCUAUGAUAAAAAUUACAGACCUCUACAUGCUUUGUAAGUAGGAAAACCUGCAAAAUCGGCAGUGUAUCAAAUACUUGUUCUCCCUACUGUAUAUAUUUGGAGUUACAUCAAGAAUAAGGUCUGCAGUUGUAUGGAAACACUUAUAAUUAGUAAUAAUCCCAGUACUACAUAUCUGGUUUCACAAAACAGUAGCAUAGGCCAUAAUCCAAGAUGUACAAUUUAUUUACAGGGUCAACGAAACCGAAAUAGAUCUCGUCAAAGCAAAACUGGCCCCAAAUCUCCUCCUCAAUGGUGUAACACCACACAGGUAGAUUAGAUCAUACUGGGUUGACAGCUAAUUUGGUGUAUUUAGCUUUUUUUCUGGUGGUGGUUGUUUUCAUAAGGUGACUGCAUGACUGCAUUUCAUUCCAUUCAAUCAACGUUAGCUUUGAGGGUAGAUCUUGCUUGCUUUCCUUGUUAAGGUUGAUAUAUAUUUGACAACUGUUUGUCUGUUUUGUAGGCUUUCUCAGCUGCAGGAUUUAUUCAGGUCAGUUGCAUUCCAAAUAAUCAACUUUUCAGAGUUUAAAAUGUGUAGAGUAGAGGCCAUUAUCAGGAAUUGCAUUGGAGUUUGAUAAUUUUGUAUCUAUAUAAAUGAAUGUUAAGAAAAAAGUUCUGACAAGAUUAAAGUCGUUUUUAGUAGAGACUGUGCUGAAAAGGCGCUAUUCUUCAUAUGGUGUUGUAUAAUGUUUAUUUUAUAGGCACCCCCUCCAUACACCGCCCAACCUCCAUACACCCCACAGCCGUCCUUUGUAAGCUCCCCUUCUUUAACCUACAGACUAAGUGCAGACUGCAUAAUUACAUUAAUUUAUCGAAACAGAUUAUUGGGUUGACAUGGUGAUGUUAUGGAUCCUUUGUCCUCAGGUUGUGCCGUAUAAAAACAUCAUGGCAGGUGGACUUUACCCAGGCAGAAACAUCACGAUCCAGGGUGUGGUUAACCACAAUGCUGAUAAGUAAGUUCUUGCUGCUUCAUUUGACCUAGAAGUUUGUGUGUAUGUAUUGAUAUGUAGGCUACUUGUGCCUUUUUUUUUAUGUAUGUAGUUCUGUGUUUGAGCUGUUCUUGUCUAUUAAUGUCCUGUAUUAUGUCAUGUUUCAUGUUUUGUGUGGACCCCAGGAAGAGUAGCUGCUGCUUUUGCAACAGCUAAUGGGGAUCCUAAUAAAAUACCAAAAAUACCAAAUACUCAAUUUGAGCACAUCUUACAUAAUUAAUUUGCUUCACCUGCUAUGGGUCAGAGUUGGUACUAUGAAUGGUGUACCUGUACAUUACAGACAAUACAAAUGAAUCAUAAGGAAAAAGGUCCUCUUUAGAUUAGCCUGUCACCCUCCAAAUUAUUUUCAUAACAAACUCUAUUUAUUUCACGAUUGUGUAACACUCACCAGCAGAGUCCAGAAAAGUUUUCCCUCUCUACAAACAGUACAUUACAGAGCUAUACUGUAUUAUGAGCCAGGUUGUUUGGGUCCUGGAUGCGGAUUGGCUAAAACAGCAUUUCAGCCUUGUUUAUAUCAGACAGUAUACCACGGGUAUGAGGCACAAAUACUUGUUUACUGUUCUAUUUAUGUUAGUACCCAGUUUAUAAUAGCAAUAAGACACCUCGGGUUUGUGGUAUAUGGCCAAUACACCACGGCUAAGGGCUGUAUCCAGGCACUCUGCUUCGCAUCGUGCAUAAGAACAGCCCUUAGCCGUGGUAUAUUUAAGCAAUAAGACCAGAGGGGGUGUGGUAUAUGGCCAAUAUACCACGGCUAAGGGCUGUUCUUACGUACGACGCAACGCGGAGUGCCUUGAUACAGCCCUUAGCCGUUGUAUAUUGGCCAUAUACCACAAAACCCGGAGGUGCCUUAUUGCUAUUAUAAACUGGUUACCUCUGUACACCUUAAUGGGUAAUCUAACUUGACAUUCCUGGUCAAGCCUUAUAACCAUGAUUAUGGUUGCUGUGGUUCUAGGUUCUGUGUCAACCUGCGUUUCAACUCGGGGGUGGCGCUCCACUUCAACCCCAGGUUCAAUGAGAACGUUGUAGUUCGUAACAGUCUCCUGAAGGAACAGUGGGGUCCAGAGGAAAGGACAGGGGGCAUGCCCUUCUACAGAGGCCAGCCUUUUACGGUAUAAACUCCAUUAUAGCUGACUGCAUACUCUAGGAUGGAACAAGUAGCUAUAUUUUAACGUAUAUUUGCACGUGUUGUGCAUUGACAACAAUUUCAGCUAAAAUGCAUCUGAAUGUGUUUUAGCUGCAAUGACACCGUAUGCUUUUCCUUGGAUGAACUCGGCACUCAUGUCAGGCUCUGUGUUUCAGGUGACCAUCAUGUGUGAUACCCAGUGCUACAGGGUGAUAGUGAAUGGAGCCCAGAUGUUCAGCUACAACCACCGCCACUUCCUGUUCCAGCAGAUUGACAUCCUGGAGGUGGAGGGGGACGUGAGCCUGUCCACUGUGCUGGUCUGA